ACUGAGAGCAUCCUGUUUCUGUUUGACAUGAUGGCGACGAGACUGCUUCUGUUUCUCUGUCUGACGGGACAUGUGUUUGCCAAAGAACCGCCUGAUGUGGAUUGUUUAGUGUUGCAUCUGAAAUAUAUUCACUGUUCCUGGAAUAAGAACCGGACUCCAGAGGUCAAUUACACCUUCUAUAGCUGGUUCAACAACAAACCACCCAGAGAGUGCCCCAGCUAUCUUUCAGAGAACAGCAUAAACACUGGAUGCAAACAGCCCUAUUUACAAAACGAGGAUAGGUUCAACAACUUUUACACCAAACUGGUACAUGGAAACGACAGUUAUGAAAAGAAACAUGCUCUCAAACAGAGAGUCAAGUUCAAUCCUCCCUACAACGUGACUGUCCAGUAUGGAUUGGACUCAAACCUGUGGCUCAACUGGACUCAGAUUUCUCAUUGUGUGGAGAGUCAAGUUCGCUACAGGAUCAACAGCAAGGCGUGGAUGACGUAUCCAGUGAGGGCUGGGAUUCAGAAUUACUGCAUCAACUUGCCCUCCAGUGCCUUGUAUGAGCUGCAGGUGCAGAGCAAAUUGGACUACUCCUGUGGAGGCAGUCAAAACUCUUUCUGGAGCGACUGGAGUGAGCCUGUGUUCUGGAGCUCCAAAAACAACAGCACGGACACUCACAUGAACAGCUUGAUGUCUGUGUGGACUCCAGUGAUGUAUGGGUUGGGUGCUUUCAUCCUCAUCCUACUGGUCAUGAUGUUGCUACACCAUGAAAGAAUCAGAAUCAUCUUGAUCCCUGUGGUCCCCAAGCCAUCCUUACCUCCUAAUGUCGAGGAUUGGUUUCAGUUCCCCAAGGGCCUGAAAGAGAGUUUUAAGGACAAUGAGCGUCCCUGUCCUGUCCGUGAGUACUGCCAUGUCCCUGAGUCUGACUGCGAGAGCUCUGACUGCUCCACCUGCUCCGGCACCACCGAUCAAACCGACUGCUCCGUCUCCAUCCCUGUGAACGAAUCUGACCUGCCUACUUCCUGUUCCUCUUCCACCUCCACAGUCUCACCUGAGGAGGAGAAGCAGGAUUCUGUUUAGGAGGCAUGUCAGUCAGGGUUGGGUUUCUGAAAACUUUAUAAUUCAGAUUGUAUUUUACUGACACGUCUCCUCAAAAUGGAUACAAAAGGUUCCCUGUAUGAGGAGAACUCAGUUUGAAACCCUUAGAAACAAUUGGCUCAAUUAAAAUUGUACAUGUUUAAGAAAACCUACAACCUGAUGCAGUAGUUACAGGUAAAAAGAACAUAAUAAAAUCCCUUUUUAGUUUGUUUACAACAAAUUACAAACUCUGAAUAACUUCAUUGAUAUGUUACUUUUUAUUAGUGACAUACAGUAAGUUUCUCUUUAAAAUAUGCUUCUGGCAAAGUACCACUUUGAGGUGCCAAUGUUUACUGUACUGCAAAGUUUUGUCUUUCUCUAUCAGUGGUCUGUAUGCUCUGCCCCAGGAGAACAGAUUGAAGUUCCUAUUCCAAAUCAGAAAAAAGGACAUUUAAACUUCCACUUCCUCUCAUACCUUACAACCACUGAUUAAAGCAUGGCUGUCAGUUGAAAAACAAAAAAGUCCUUUGCACCUAUUAGUUGUUCCUUAAGCAUAGUAUUUAUUUUUGAGAGACAAAUAUUUUUACACAACUGAGUUUCAUCAUCAAUCAAUCAAUGUUUAUUUAUAUAGCCCAAUAUCACAAAUGUUACAUUUGUCUCAGUGGACUUCACAGUUUGUACAGAAUAUCAGUAUGACAAUACGACACCCUCUGUCCUUAGACCCUCACAAUACGACACCCUCUGUCCUUAGACCCUCACAUCGUACAAGGAAAAACUUCCAAAAAAUGAAAAACCCCAUCAUGUCUUGUCAUCAAUCCAAAAAAACAGCUUCACUAAGAUGAUGUAAUGAAUGUAACCUCAAUGAAGCAGAAGGAAAGGCCCCAAUAAAAUGACUGUUGAGAUUGUAAAUCAGCAUCAUCGUCAGGGCACUUACAGUAAUCAAGUGUAGCAACAUGGUUUUAAUGUGUAUUGAUAUUUGUGUGGAUUUUUCUCAUAUAUAACCUUUUGUACGUACAUGUAGUGUUUCCAUGAUUAUCAAGGCCCAUAAUUGCUUCGAUCAUCAUGUAAUCAAAAAUCCAUUUAACUUAGAUAGGUAUCUCCCUCUUUGGGACACACAGCUAUAAUAAGAAAUGAAUAGCAUUCUAUGCCUUAUACCCUAAGUUGAACUCUCGACAGAGUAGUUUUUUUAACAUGAAAUUAGUUUGUGGACCAUAUACUACACCAUCUUCGGUAUUUCAUUAACAACUUGAAUUUUAUCAACUGAUGAAUGACUACACAGAGAACGUACCAAAGAUAAGCAAUAAAAACCUAUACAUUUUCGGAUUAAAAGAAAAACGGUAAAAGAGCAAAGAUACCACAGUAUUUUACCACAUGUACGCAAAAAAAAACCCUCUUAAAUUCUCAGGAAAUGAGUUGAGAUUAGCUGAUUGUUGCUAAAACGUCACAUAUCGAGUCUAGUUAAAAGUUGGUCACAGAUGUUGGGAUUUCGUGUUCUUGAUUGCAUACAUUAAAUAAUAAUUAUAAUUGCGCUACUUGUAGUUGGGUGAAUAUCACAAACUACCAUUCACAAUGCAGUUAUUACUUUGUGUAAGAUUUCUGCAUAAUUUGUUUGCUAUUCAAGAUGUUGUCACUCCAAAUAUACAAGCGCGUUUCAUGCAUUUUGUCAGGAUGAACUAAUUCACAAUUAUCUGUUCAUUUUAAUAAGCUGAUGAUAGCCUUCCUCUUAGAGAAUUAGUCCCAGAAUUGCAUAGCAUGUAAUACAGGUUAUUAAGAUAUAGGUAAAUAUGUAUUUUUUUUCUAGAUAAAUAAGAUUUAACAAUGUGUCUGCUUGUUGUGCACACACUCAGAUGUAUGUAUACUGUUUUAAAAACAUUUCUGAAACAGUUUCCUCUAACAGGAAACCAAACCACAGAACUCUACAUUUUGGGAUAGCACUCACCGAAAGUGACACAUAUCUGAUGACACGUGACCCUGUCAUGCACAAAGAUUGUUCUUUAAAUGUCAGUCAUGGUAAUACCCAGAUAAAUUGUGAAUGUUACCUGUUUGACUUGAAUAAAUAAAACAUGUUAAACAUU